AUGCCUCGAUCCACGUCUCGAAACGGACUGCUAGCCCCCGCCGACCCCAGCGCGGCAGACGCACCGACAUCGUCGACAGCCUCGCAGCUGCCAUCAUCGGGGGGGCGUCGAGCUGUGAGCCCCAGUCCGGGAAGCCGGGGCGGCGGCAUCGUCGUCUUCUCGGGCGGAAGCGCCUCCAACAGCCUGGUGGACGUGUUCGAGCACGUACGCGACGCCAACGCCUGCACGCUCAGCUACGUGAUCCCCAUAUCAGACAAUGGCGGCAGCAGCAGCGAGAUAAUCCGCGUGUUUGGCGGACCGGGCAUCGGUGAUGUGAGAUCCCGUCUUCUCCGUCUGACCCCGGACCACGCCGGCCCCGAGACAAAGGCCGUCGGCCACCUGCUCAAUCACCGGCUUCCGAGAUCGGCCGCGGCGGCCAGGGUGGAAUGGUUCGAGAUCCUCGAGGCCACGCACCCUCUCUGGGAGGGCAUAUCGUCGCCCAAGCGGGAGCUCAUCCGGUCGUACCUCAACAGCUUCAACCUCGAGGCCGUCAAGCGCAUGCGGCCGACCAGCCGGUUCGACUUCUCCGGCUCCAGCGUCGGCAACCUGUUCCUCACGGGCGCCCGCCUGUUCACCGGCAGCUUCGAGGCGGCCGUCUACCUGCUGGGGACCAUCUGCGGGGUGCCCGACGACCGCGUGCGCGUGCUGCCGGCCAUCAACACCAACUUUGCCCACCACAUCGCCGCAGGGCUGGCCGACGGGUCGGUCAUCGUGGGCCAGAACGACAUCUCGCACCCCAGCCAGCCGACGCGCGCCGUCCCCGGCACGGGCAUCUCGGCCGGCGCCGCCGGUGCGCAGACGCCCGAGGACGCGGAGGAGCACGACGAGGUCGAGGACGCCAACCUUCCCGGGUCGCUGCCCGCGCUGAGACGGCCGGCCAUGGCCUUCUCCAAGACGGGGGAGGAGGACCUGGCGUCGCGCAUAGAGCGCAUCUGGUACAUCAACCCCUACGGCCAGGAGAUCCGCAUCCCUGCCAGCCCGCGCGUCAUCGACUCCGUCCGGGGGGCCGCCGCGGUCGUCUACAGCAUAGGCUCCCUCUUCACCUCCCUCGUGCCCAGCCUGGUCCUCAAGGGCGUGGGGGACGCCAUCGCCGGCCCGUCGGUCGGCAGCAAGAUCCUCAUCCUCAACGGCACGACGGAUCGCGAGACGGGGCCGUCCGACGCGCCGCUGACGGGCCUGGACUUCGUGGACGCCAUCGCCGGCGCGUGCGCCUAUUCGAGGGGGACGCCGCGGCCCCGCCCGGAGGAGUACUGCCGGUACGUGACGCACGUCGUAUACCUGGACGGCCCGGGUGCGCCCAAGGUGGACAGGCAUAGGCUGUCGCAGGUGGGCAUCGACGCCAUCCGCGUCUACGGGCCCAGCGGGGGCCGAUACGACGUCAAGGCUCUGCAGCAGGCUCUCGAGUCGAUCAUCGGCAGGAAGGAUAGCCGUCCCGAUCGGAGCAGACGGAAUACACUGGUAGGGUGA